GGUUCUUCGGUGGCGCCAGUCAUCACUGCACAGGCAAAUGGUUUAACUAUGGAAUUAUCUUCCUUGUUUUAAUCUUGGAUCUGAAUAUGUGGAAGAACCAAAUAUUUUACAAACCUCAUGAAUAUGGCCAAUAUAUUGGACCUGGACAGAAGAUCUACACAGUGAAGGACUCAGAAAGCUUGAAAGACCUUAAUAGAACUAAGCUGUCUUGGGAGUGGAGAUCCAAUAACACUAACCCAUUGACCAACCGGACCUAUGCUGAAGGAGACAUGUUCUUGCACAGCAGAUUCACAGGCUCUAGCCUUGAUGUCAAAUGCCUGGCUUUUAUUCCAAGUUUGCUGGCUUUUGCUUUGUUUGGUUUCUUCAUCUGGUUCUUUGGGCGAUUUCAGAAAACUGACCAAGGCAUGGAGAAUUUAGACAAAUCAUACACGAGAAUGAAACGAAAGUCACCAUCAGAUAUGGGAAUGACACGAGAAAAUACACAGGUGUUAGUAGAAGAACCUUUAAGUUUUCAAGAACCACAUCUUGUAUCCAUAAAAUCAGACUUAAGUGAAAUAGUUUUUAAUUCUUCUCUCCUAACUUCUGAAAACUUGAACGCACAACUGAAUGAACAAGAUAGCCCUUUACAGCCAGUACCAGAGUCCUCUGUCCCUAAGAGUAAUCCUGUGACAUAG